AGAUAUCCUGCUACCAAUUGAGCGAAUGAGGAGGGACGGAGGAUCAUAUAGCUGAAGUCCGUCGCCCUGAUAUGUUUCGUAAGAUGAAGUCAAUUGGUGGUUUGAUCGCCGCUUGCGCAUAUUUGUGCUACGCUAAUUCUCUUCCACCGGAUAAGGAUCAGAACGUACAAGGUCUUCACAUCAUCAAGACCCGUAGUAUAGACUUGAACAACGCCCAUGCUUUAACUUUAGAAGCACGUUUAGAAAAAACCAUCGAACCAACUGGUUAUCACCUCGAUAUUGAACCGUAUUUGGAAGAUGCACUAUUCAAAGGUCAUGUGAGGAUUAAUGUCACGUGGCUACAAGAUUCAGAUGAAAUUAGUGUGCACUGCGAUCACGACUUAGAAAUAACAAAUUAUGAAGUGUAUAUUGAAGAAUCAGGAAAAAUGGAAAAGGUAACAAUCAAAAAGAUGAGGAUGGAUAUCAAGAAGCCGAUUCUAACACUGCGGUUAGAUAAAACAGUUUCCAAGUUAACUAUAGGCUACUUGGACUUCAGUUUCAAAGGGAACUUGCAAACCACAUCGACUGAUGGUUUCUUCACGUCGACUUACAAAACUGAGAUCGAUGAGGAGCGCAUAGUUGCUGGCACCCAACUUCGGCCAAACAAUGCAAGGCGUAUGUUUCCUUGUUUUGAUGAACCGGGUUACAAGACUCCAUUUGAAUUGACAGUUGUGAGACCACGGGAUAUGAUUGCUCUAAGUAACACACCCGUUGCUAAGACGGAAAAUAUAACUGAUGAACCAGGCGCAGUGAAAGAUUAUUUUGAGAGAACUCCGCCGAUGUCCACGUUCACUUUGGGUAUCGUCAUAGCUCAUUUAAAACAACUCGGCGGUUCAACACAUUAUAAAGACGACAAUGGAAAUAAUAUCGAAUUGCGUGUCUGGGCUCGACCAGAGUUCCUUCCAGCGCUAGAAGGUUUGCAUGAGAAAGUUCCCCGUGUGUUUGCUGAGAUCGCUAACUUCUGGCAAGUGCCUCUGCCCCUCAAGCGGCUGGAUAUAGUCGCUUUGCCAAAUUACCUUGGCGUUAAACCUGUGGACAACUGGGGACUUAUUGUUUUUAAGGAGAGUGACCUAACAAACCGCAGAUACCUCCAAUUAGAACAAGAGAUCACAUAUCACUGGCUCGGAGCCCUCACCACACCCGCGUGGUGGAGCGACGCGUAUGUAAAUAAAGGACUCGUGGGGUAUAUUGCUGCAGAAAUCGCUUUAAAGCUUAACGACACGGAAAUAGAAAGACAAUGGCCGCUAACAGUGCUUUAUUCAAUAUAUUAUGAGUUCAGCAAACGAUACCCCCACUCUCGGAUAACGGGUAUGAAGCAAGAGACCGCCUGUACUAAGAUAGAACUUCUGUUCAGACUUUUUAAUUAUACCCUCGGUGCUGAUACUUUUAGGAAGGGAUUAAGAAAAUUCAUAAAGGAAAAACGAAUGAAAACCUUUACCAGCGAUGAUGUAUGGAAUGCUCUGAACGAUGCUGCACGUGAAGACGGUAAAAUUGCAAAAGACGUGGACAUUAAAAUGAUAGCAGCAAGUUGGAUAGAAAAGGACCGUCUUCCUUUAGUGACUGUUACUAGGAAUUAUGAUAAAAAUACAGCUCAUGUGUCUCAGAAAGUUUAUCUCCGCGAGCGACCACACGAUGUUCCAAACGCCGACAAGAUGACUUGGCAACUACCAUUAGUAGUGAUACGUGGGGACAAGUUGGACUUUGCCAACACAGCUCCUGUAGCGUGGAUGCAGGAGAAAGAAAUUAUUUUAGAUAAUAUGCCCGGCAAACAACACUUUAUCAUCGUUAAUCCUGAAGAAAUUGCCCCAUUCCCAGUCAAUUACGAGAAAGACAAUUGGAACCUCCUCCUACAGUUCUUACAGAGUGACCAGCGUGUAGCUAUACCAUCAUUGACCCGAGCGAAGAUAUUGCACGACGCAUGGAACCUCGCCUAUGCCGGUGAACUUUCCUUCGUCACUGCAUUAAAUAUGACGUUGUUUUUGAAAAACGAGAAAGAUUACAUGGUAUGGGAGCCGGUGUUUACAAUGAUCGAUCACAUCGGAAGGCAUAUUUGCUCGUGUAUAGCUGAUAAAUUUAGGGCAUACGUUCGUACAUUCCUCAGUCCCCUUUACAACGAGCUGAAGAUUGAGAAAGAAAAUGAAGAAGCUGGAAGGAAGAAUCUACGGUCACUAACGAAGUCUUUCCUGUGUAAGGCUGGAUACAAACCCUGCAUACAGGAAGCACAGGAAGCUUAUGAUAAAUGGAUGCAAGCACCUAAUCCUGAUGAUGGAAAUCCGAUACCAAAUCAGUUCAUAUGUCCAGUCUUCAAAUGGGGUUCGCAAAAGGAGUGGGAAUUUGGUCUUCAGCGAGUCAUAAACUUCCCAUCAUCAAGGAAGCAAAGCGAAAGGACGUAUCUUCUGAAGACACUAGCUGGGUGCCCGAUAGAAGAGUACAAGAUAAAUAGACUCUUGAAUAUCACCAUUCUAGAAGGGAAUGGAAACUUCACUGAGACAGAUCUAUUCUUGAUAUUCAGUAUGCUGACUGGAGGCUCGGAGGGAUACACGACGCUAUUUCAUUUCUUGGAAAAUAACUUUGAUUUCUUAAAGGAAAAAUUCUCAUCGAAAACGAACCUAUGGGACAAUCUGAUUUCGUCAGCUACCGGCGAAUUCACAACUCAGGCAGGUCUAGAUUUAGUAUCUAGGCUAUACGUAGCCCACCAAGGGGAAUUUGGUUCCGCAGAACAUAUAAUAGAAAAGUCAAUGAGAAAUAUUAGAGAGGAAGUGAAAUGGUCAUCCGAAAAUAUACCCGUUAUUGAACAGUGGCUGGAUGAUUAUAAGCAAAUGUCAGAUGUUAAGGAUGAUCAGUUUAUAAAGAAUUGAUGUGCUAAUUUAGGUGCUAUGAAUAAUAGAUUUAAGGUUCAUUUUAAGAAAAAUCGUAUGAGAAGAUUUAAUAAGGUUUGUAUAUUUGAUUAAAAGUAACAUUAUUUCUAAGUUAUUAUCGUUGUAAAUUUGUUAUCGGAUGUUUUUGAAGGAGGUGGAAGGUGGAAACUCCCUUUUAAAUAUUCUUUAUUAUAAGUCCUCAUGUAGUAAAACUUGUUGUCAUAUAUUGCAUAGAACUAUUAUGUUAUUUGUUCUUUUAUGUUUUUAAUAAAACGUGUGAAGAGUA